UCCGUGUGUGAUGGCAGCUGGGACUUGUCCGAGGCUGAAGUCGUGUGAAGGCAGCUGGGCUGUGGGAUGGCGUUAUCAGCACCACGUGGGGCUCACUUUGGACAAGGAUCUGACCGUGUGUGGCUGGAUGAGGUUCAGUGCACAGGGGCAGAAGCUGCUCUCACCGAAUGCAAGGCUAAGCCUUGGGGAGAGCAUGGCUGUAACCCCGGAGAAGAUGCCAGUGUUGUCUGCUCAGACUCCGGCAUCUCUGAAGUGACUCAGCUGCGGCUGGUGAAUGGUUCGAGUCGCUGCGCUGGGAGAGUCGAGGUGUUUCAUAACAAGAAGUGGGGAACUGUGUGUGAUUACAGCUGGGACUUACAGGAUGCUGGAGUCGUGUGCAGGCAGCUGGGCUGUGGGACGGCGUUAUCAGCCCCUGCCGGAGCUCACUUGGGGCCAGGAUCUGACCAUAUCUGGCUGGAUACUGUCAACUGCACAGGGCAGAAGCUGCCCUCUCCCAGUGCAGGGCUAAGCCUUGGGGAGACAGUAACUGUACCCAUGAAGAAGAUGCCGGCGUUGUGUGCUCAGAUAACCCUCCUCCAUCCCGUCACUGUGGGUACUGCAAGGAGAAGGAUGGGAAGCUUUCAGCACAGACCCAGCUCUCCUGUCUGA